UGUUAAGGCUACAUUCUUACAUCUCUACCUCUUUAGUUUGCAUUUCUCUUUUCUUCCUCCCAUAAAACAAAAGAGGGCUACAAACAGAUUUGCAUCUGACAAUUUAUUGUCCCCGGUCCUCUGCAGCUGGCAUUAGGGAGGUGGCAGAGAACAAAGGGUAAAUACUGUAUCUAAUGCAGUUAGUAUCUCAGCCCAAUCAAUGCAAACUUUCCUGUGGCUGCAGCUUCCAUCUUCUGCCUAUGGAUGAUGGGAGUUGUAGUGGUAUGUGCAGUAAGGUGAUGCAUUUCCCAGCUACACAUGCAGAGGUUACAGGUCAAUCAGCACGUGGGAGCUCCUAACAAUGCCACAGAGGCAGGGGAUCCAUAGGAGGGCAUGUGACAGGGAGAAUAGGUGUUGUGCUCACUGCCCUACCUUACUUUGUGCCUCCCAGGAUACGUCUCACCCAUUUGCAGAGAGCAGAUUACAAGCCAGGACUCUCUUGCCUGCCAAUGCAGUUAUUCGCCAUAGAGGUGGGAGACAAGCCAAUAAGUGGCUGCUGGGGGCUCUGCUGGUGUGACAAUGACGUCACGCCCACAAGACAGCCCCAACUGAGAGCUGACAGCCAGCACUUACCAGAGGUGGAGUGAACAGUCCUGAAGUCCCAUCACAUCAGAGGGGCAGGCUGUGAAGUGAACAGGCACAGACCAUGCAGGCUGAGACCCUUCAGAAGCACAGGACCUGUGCAGCACAUCUCAUCUAGGGGAUGCAUUCUCCUCUGCCUGUCUGCUAACUUCUUGCAUUGGACUACAAAACCCUUCAAGUGCUUCUCUUCUGUUGCUCAGGUGUAUCCCCAAUGCAUACCCUCACCAAGCUGGUUCCAUGCCCCUCUGGCAAAGAUGGGCUUCCCCAGAGCAUGGCAUGCUUCUUCCAUGCAAGGAUAUGAGUAGAGGUAGAGCUUGUGAGGACUUGAUGAUGGGAAGAUCACAUGGAGAUACUGUAUUUACACGUCCUUGUGGCUGCUGCUGCUGCUGAUGGGUCUAGGUGGACUCCUGUCCGGUUGGGUGUCCUUCCUGGAACAGACUGCAGCCCUGAUGGGACAUUGAGGGGAGUGGUACUCACACGCUGAGCUCACUCUCUGCUCAAGUCUUUUUUUUUUCUUUUUGACUGAAUGAUAUUCCGCAUUGCUCCUGGACAGAAUAAAUCGCAUCUUGCAGCACAGCCCAUCAGGAUGAAAGGAUAACUGCGUUUUCCCCCCCCCUAUUGCUCAGGGAGCUGGAGACAUCACCCCCAACAAGUAUGGCUUGUGAAAAUUCAUCAGGUUCUAAUACCCCAGAUAGGAAGAACCCCAGCCUGUUGGAGCUAGGGGCACUGUGCUUGGACUCUGAGAUCAUCUUUGGAUUUACCAGUCAUCUCUUGAGGAGGAGAGGCAAGGUUGCAGACAGGUUCCCUGGAAGAGAAGUACCACUACCCAGGAAAAGGUUACAGUCAGCAGAUGAAGCUCUACAAGGCAGCCGUCCUCCUCCCGAUGGAGCUGGGGCAGCCUCUGUGUCGGAACUGUCAGAGGGACCUGGGGUAGGAGAAUGGUGCCCUUACUGUCAAGCAAAACUGGCUGAACUGAAGAAGCAAGCUCUCAAAUUGGCAGUCCCUGGCUCCUUAAUGAAUGCCCAAUUUUCUGCUUUAAUUUUCGACAAGCUCCAAGUGCCUGACUAUCUGCAGAAAAGCAGGAAUGAAGGAGAGAGUCGCUGUGACGUCUGCGCAACUCACCUGAAUCAGCUAAAACAAGAAGCCGUACAGAUGAUUCAAACCAUCAACCAAGCCGGUUGUCCGGAUAUUCUUGAUCGUCCCCAAACUUCAGUGCCUGUGGCUACCGUCAUUCCCAGGCUCUCGUCCCAGAAUGUGGUCACGGUCUCCUCGCCGAAGGAAUUGCUGAUGAUUGCAGGGCAGGUGGGUAGACAGUCUGGGAAAUCUACAAAUAUAUUUUCGGGGACUGAGCGAAGGAAAGGACUUGGAUGGCCUCACGGGCAGGGAAGUUUUCCAAGUUCAAGUGUUCAAGUGACAGUGGGUUCCAGCGGCAUUGGUGGGGCAUUGAGUUCAGUGACCAUACAAGCGCAACAAUAUCUAGAGGGAAUGUGGAGCAUAUCAAGGGUGAAUAGUUUCCUUCCUCCUGCUAGCCAACCCGACUCUACAUCCCUCGAUGGGGGAAGGGAAAACCCAAGUGCAGAUGCUUUUUCAGGGCAAAACAUCAGUGAGCAGAGUUUAGCAGGACGAUCACAGAGAUUCGGACCACCCGCUGUAGUUUCUUCAGGGACAUCGGCUGCAGCUUCCUUCUUUAUCAGAGCCGCUCAGAAGCUUAACUUGUCAUCAAAGCGCAAGAAGUAUCACCCUCCUCUUCCUCACUCCCGGGAGUAUUCCACCUACUCAACCAACUUCAGUGGCAUUCUCCAGUUAUGUCCUCCUCCAGCACCACCAUGUUUAAUGAGAGCCGUCUCCAAAAUCAAGGACAACCCCGGCAUGGGAAAGGUAAAAGUCAUGGUUAGGAUAUGUCCAUCUCAAGGAAGUCACGAUACAUCCGAGUCAAUGUCCUUUUUAAAAGUUGAUCCACGGAAAAAACAGAUUACCCUUUAUGAUCCAUCUACUUGUGGUCCAUCCAUGUCAGUCCACAGAAGAGCUGUGGUUGCUGCUCCAAAGAUGUUUGCGUUUGAUUCUGUGUUCUCCCAAGAUGCUUCUCAGGCUGAAGUUUGCUCCGGGACUGUUGCAGAAGUAAUCCAGUCUGUUGUGAACGGUGCAGAUGGGUGCAUAUUUUGCUUCGGUCAUGUCAAGCUUGGUAAGACAUAUACAAUGAUUGGCAAAGAUGCUUCUACACAAAGCCUCGGCAUUAUACCCUGCGCAAUCUCAUGGCUUUUCAAACUAAUCAACGAGAGGAGAGAAAAGACUGGAACUCGCUUCUCAAUCCGGGUAUCUGCUGUUGAAAUCUAUGGCAAAGAUGAAAACCUUAAGGAUUUAUUAGCUGAAGUAGCCACUGGAAGCCUUCAAGACGGACACUCCCCUGGGGUAUAUCUCAGAGAAGAUCCAAUAUGUGGAACUCAGCUUCAAAACCAGAGCGAGCUGAGAGCCCCGACGGCAGAAAAAGCUGCUCACUUCCUUGAUGCAGCCAUUGCUUCAAGGACUACCAGUAGGGUGGAUUGUGAUGAAGAAGACAGGAGGAACUCGCAUAUGCUUUUUACCCUUCAUAUAUAUCAGUAUCGCAUGGAAAAAAGUGGAAAAGGAGGAAUGUCGGGUGGACGCAGUCGAUUGCACCUUAUUGACCUUGGGAGCUGUGAAAAAGUGCUAAGUAAAAGUCGUGAUGGAGGAGGAGGCCUUUGUCUGUCUUUGAAUGCGCUGGGUAACGUAAUAUUAGCCCUUGUGAAUGGAGCCAAGCAUAUCCCAUACAGGGACAGCAAAUUAACUAUGCUCCUGAGGGAAUCUCUGGGGAAUAUUAACUGCAGAACAACGAUGAUUGCCCACAUCUCAGACUCGCUUUCAAAUUACCCAGAAUCCCUUACCACCGUGCAGCUUGCUUCAAGGAUUCAUCGAAUGAAAAAGAAAAAAUCCAAGUAUGCAUCCAGCUCAUCGGGAGGAGAAAGCUCUUGUGAAGAAGGCAGAGCGAGAAGACCCCACCACAUGAGACCCUUCCACCCAAGGACAGUUGUACUUGACCCGGAUUUUCCUGCACUUGGAAUACACAGUGAUCCGGAUUAUUCUUCCAGCAGCGAGCAGUCAUGUGACACCGUCAUCUACGUUGGUCCAAAUGGAUCGGUUUUGUCUGACCAAGAUCUGACAGAUAAUGAAGGUCCUCCAGAGUUUGUCCCCAUUAUUCCUUCACUUCUCAAGAGAAUGAGCAAAGAUAAUUUAUCCAAUAUUCGGAGUGCUGAUAAUGAUCACUUAAAAUGCAACACAUUUGCUGAGCUACAAGAGAGACUUGAGUGCAUUGAUGGCAGUGAAAACCCUACCAGGUUCCUCUAUGAAGAAGUUGCCUCGACAACUCUUACCACGAAAGCCAUGAAUUACCAGGAAAAUGUAUCUUCUAUGCCACUACAAGAAAAACUGCCACACUCACCCAGGAAGGGACAAAGUAAUAAUAUUGCAUUUACUUUUCCACAAAACUGUUCAGGAUUGGAAACAAGUUCACCUCAACUUACCCAUGAGCACCCUCAACAACAUGCCAAAGCUGAAACUGCACGUUUAGACUAUGAUCAGUUGACAAUCACAGAAGGGCAAAAAGCUCCAUUGCCAAGUAAUGGCAAAUUGAAGGAACAACCAAAAUUAUCUACUGAUCCAUCAGUGAGAGAAAAAAGCCACCUUACAAAAAGACCUCUCCCAAGUCCUGCACCACCACCACCUCAGACAAACUCUCAAGUGAGCUUAGAAUCAUGUAGUGGUGUCAGGACGCCUCCUGUCGGAAUGAGCAGAUUGAGGAAUCAGGACAAGCACAAUUUACUAGGUAGCACAUUCCCGGUUAUGAAAAGCACUCCUAAACAGCCUGGUCCAGUUGAGGUACGCAGGUUUUGCUCAGCAGUGAAAGGAAAGGGAUUUGAUCGUGAUUUUGUAACAACAACGGUAACACUGCAGAAGCCUGUUGAGCUUAACGGAGAAGAUGAACUUGUGUUCACUGUUGUUGAAGAACUGUCCUUAGGUGGUAUUCUUGAUAAUGGUAGACCCUCCAGCAUUAUUAGCUUUAACAGCGACUGUUCUCUGCAGGCCCUUGCCUCUGGAUCUAGACCAGUUAGUAUUAUAAGCAGUAUUAAUGAUGAAUUUGAUGCCUACACCUCACAGAUAACCACCUCUGGGGUUAAUAUUGAUAUUGUGGUUCCCUUAGCCGAAGAUCAAUGCACAAUCAGCAGCAGGCGAUCUUCUAUAAGCUCAUGGCUCAGUGAAGUGAGUAUCUGUACAAUUAAAAGUGAUGGAGCACAGCCAAACGACACUUUAAUUCCACAAUCAUCUCAUAAAGGUGGUGAAUUUGCGGAUUGUCUGGAUUUGGAUUCAGACAACACAAAUGUUCACAUUGGCAAAAAUCUGAAAAAUUCUUUAAACGAUAGUGGUUUUUGCUUUUCGGAAAUGGACAAUGACAGUAUCAGUUCCAGCCUCGUGUAUACUAGCAAUGAGAAGAGCCUUAACACCUCUGAGCUUUCCAAAGCUAUGCCAACUGCUUACCAAGUAACUAGCCAACCUAGAGCUUGCGGCACCUGGGGCACAAUUUCAGUAGAAACGAUCCAUUCUAGUCUUCCUCGGACAAAUAAGUCUACCUCAAGCGCAACAAAUGCUAAUGCAUUGACAAGCAAUGAAAGCAUAUUUGAAAACCCAUGGGCAGUGCGACAGGAUCAUUUCUUAGAAGGAAGGACUGAAAAUCAGACACUUUCUACAAAAUCAUCCACUUUGGUUACAGACAAUCAGUUUAAACAGAGCUCAAAAUUUGCACAAACCAAUAUGCCUAAGGCUGUAAAGUCCCAAACAAUGCUGGGAUGUUCACAACGGGUGGUAGAUGGCUGUGAAGUGGAUCCGAAACCUUCUACUAAAAAGAAUGAACCCCUAACAAAAAUGCCACAGCUAAGGAGAGGCGCCACAACAUUGGGUGUAGUAACAAACUACAGUUCCCAAACUGAGCAUGGGAUCAGAGGUUCCUCCGACGCUGUAUUUUCUGAUAGAAGUUUGAAGUUGUCAGGAGCCAAGAAGACAUUGCCUCAGAAAACAAGUAUGUUGCCAAGACCUGGUGGGGCUGGACCUCCUGCUCCUCCUGUAAGAAAGUCAAGCUUAGAUCAUAGCAUUGGAAGGUUAGAAGGAGCAGAUUAUAGCAGGUCCACCUUUAGUUUAGAAGAAGAGUCUGAAACACAGCUGGGUAGUAAAAUUGCAAAAAGUGAUCAUUCACAGCCAAAAGCAGUAUCCAGCUUAAAGAAUAAAUCCAAUAAGUCUGAGUGUGUUCAGCACUAUGGAAGUCAUAUGUCUCUGGAGAGAUGCGAUAGUCUUACAUCAGUUGGUUCAAGAUUGAAUCGAGAUACAGGCAGUGUCAGUAAUAUCAAUAAAGCUGGCCGCACAGUGCCUAGACUUGGCAAUCCACCAGUGUCUAAUACAAUUACCUCACCACCUUCAUGUAGCUCUUCCACCAAAAGCAACCAGGCUAAAAGUUCUCUUUCACAGAAAGCUACAACAAGUUUAAACAAAAACCGCAGCCUUUCAACCAAUGGGUCUAAACCUCUUAGUUCUUCAGUUAAAUCACUUAAUCAGUCAAAUGGUAAAUGUUCUGGAAUCCCCCCUAGUGGAAAAGCAAGUUCCAGAUCACUGCAAAGUACUAAUGGCAAACCUGCAAGAGGAACAAUUAUGGGUACCAAGCAAGCAUUAAGGGCUGCCAACAACCGUGUCAAUGAGUUGGCUUCUGGCGGUACUGGCAAAGUUGGCCAUUUCCGGGGGUCAACAGACUCCGAUAGUGGAAAUGACAGUGGUAUUAACCUUAGUGAUGAGAAAUCUCAGGCUCCAGUUCUACCUUCACCUUACAGUAAAAUAACAGCCCCCAGGCGUCCCCAGAGGUACAGUAGUGGGCAUGGCAGUGAUAACAGCAGUGUCUUAAGUGGAGAACUUCCCCCUGCAAUGGGAAGGACAGCCCUCUUUUACCACAGUGGUAGCAGUGGGUACGAGAGCAUGAUCCGGGAUAGUGAAGCAACGGGAAGUGCAUCCUCAGCCCAUGACUCAAUGAGUGAAAGUGGAAUGUCCUCUUCUGGACGACUGAGGAGUUUAAAGUCUCCAAAGAAAAGAGGUCUUCAGCGCAGGAGGCUUAUACCCGCACCUCUCCCUGAGGCUGCAACAACUGGCAGAAAGAACAACGUCACUGGCCAGUGGGUUGACCUCCCACCUUUGCCUGGCACUUUAAAAGAACCAUUUGAAAUCAAGGUUUAUGAAAUUGAUGAUGUGGAACGACUGCAGAGACACAAACGUGAAGAACCAGAGCCUUUCCAGGAUAUGGAAAAGGGUUUGAUGUACUUCAACACCAAACUGAAGGUUGCAGAAAGACGACAACAGAGAAUCAAGGAUGUAAACGCAAAAUACGGGAUGUUGAAAGAUGAGUUGGAGGAGACAAAGGCUCGAUUAAUGAUGGAUCCCAACAAGUGGAGAGGAGAAUUUGAAUUGGACCCAGAUCUUGACAGAGAGUCUCAGGAGUACCUAGAGGCACUGGAACAAGUCACAGAGGACCUGGAGCUCUGUGUUAACAUAUGCAAAUCUCACGUCAUGAUGGUGACCUGCUUUGACAUCGGAAUGAUUGCGGAUCAGCAAGAUUGUGGAAGAGAAGUGGAAGUGUGAAGAACCUAAAGAAAGUGGAAUAGUAAAAAAUAAUGGACAUAAAAAAGUUAAUUUAGAAAAGACCCCGCAUUGUGUGAUGGAAAAUAAAAAGUACAUCAGAAUGUGAAAAUGUCAAAUUGGAAAGAAUGUUACUGGCUUGAUACCGAUGAUGAAUUGUAAUGACUUAUAAAUGAAUACGGUGCCUCCAGACCAUAUAUAGGUGAAUCGUGGUUCUCUGGGUUAUUUAGAUCUGCAAUGACGUGUCACCAAGGACAAACAUGGCAGAAGGCCCUCAUGCAAGAAACCCUGUGGUCACAGUGCAGUGCCCCUCUAGAUUGUAUCUCUGCACAGCAGCACUAAUAUAUUGGUACAGUGCCAGAAUGGCAGCUCAGCCCAUAUACAAGGGCAGUCAAUGAAUACAAACAUAAACCGCUAGAAUUGAGCUGAAUGGGAGAUGUAUAAAUCUCUAUACAGUAUACAGCUAUCCUCUGGUGCCAACUGUAGACAGCCAGAAUCCACACUGAGGAAUUGGAGAGGAAUUUCCACGAGUAAUCUGCUCGCUUGAAAACCCCCAUAGAGCUGUGCAGAAUUUCUGCCCCUCAGUUCACACUGAGGAAUUUCCUCAAGCAGAAUUCCGACGAGGAAGUCUGUUCCGCUUGAAGAAAGAAUAUGUUCUUUCUUUCAGGCGGAAUCAGCGUCGUUCUCCCAUAGAGAUCAAUGUUAUUUUUUUUUUUCAGUCAGAAGCAUUUCCACGCGGAAUUUGCGCGAAAUUCGUGCAGAAUUGGCGUGAAAUUCGCGCGGAAUUUCCGCAAGAAAAAGAAAAUUAUUUUAUCAAUAGAAAUACUUGAUACUCCUCCUCCGCAUGAAACCUGCAUUUCUGCACGGAAUUCCGCUCAAAUUCCGCACGAUUUCCAUGCCAAUUCCGUGCGAAAUUCUGCGCGAAAUCUCUGAGAUCUUGUGGAAAAGUAACAAUAUUUUGAGGCAGAAAAUUUCUGCUUGAAUUCCGCCCCAAUUCCUCAGUGUGAACAUACCCUAACUCUACAGGGGGAGAAGGAAGGAAUGUUAUUAAAGGAACAAAUUCACAGUGUUUCUGAUAAAGUGGUGGCCCCCAAGCCUAUAUGUCCAUCCUUACCUGCUGCAACCUAUUGGAACUUUGUAUUCAGACCUAUAGUAUCCCCCAUUUAGAUGGACGGAUUGAACCCAUGUUUAUCUAUAUUCUGGAGGUAAUACCUGCUUUCCCCGCAGACUUACUAAACCAAAUGUACAGCACUAUAUGCACCCCAGUAUAACUGCAGGGGGUUUUACAUUUGGAAUACGUAUGAACAUAGGCACAAUGCUUCUGUCUGAAUGAGAGGCCUUAAGAUAGUGUUAAAAUUAUAACACCCUAAGUAUAAGUCCACAAUAAAGCUGCCAAGAAUCCACAGGGAAAUCCACAAGAAAAUUCACACCAAAUUGUGUGCAUUUUGGUGCAGAUAUAUUGCUAGAGGUUUUUUUUUUUUGCUGAUUUUGUAAAAAAAUAAAUAUAUAAAAAAAUAAUUAUUUUGAAAUUCACAGUUUGCUGCAAUGGCUGUGUAUUAGAUUUCGUGUGGAUUUUAUUGCAGAUUUAAAUUUCCCUAUGAAAAUCAAUGGGGAAAUCUACUACAAAGAAGCCACACGGGAGAGAAAUUUCAAAUUAAGAAAAUUUCCGCAGCUUGUAGAAGAGAUUUGUUAAAAUGUCAUCCACUUGCCUUGUUGUGUAUCCGGAGGAAAAAUAUCAGCAAAUCUGUCCGGUGUGAACUUACCCUAAUGAGACAACGCAAUGAAAUGGGAUUUUUGAGCAUUGGGAAUAAUAUGAAUGAUAGAAGAAUGGGGUAAUGAGAAAAAAAAAACAUCACAUCAUGCAUUAAAAACAUACUUAAAGUGCCUUGUUUUCUUAUAAAUUUUUUUACAUUUUUUUGGUGCUAAAUUUUUAAAGCCAGCAAACCUAAGCAGACCAUUAAAUGUAUCAACGUUUAUACUGUACAGUGUAAUUACUUGUAAAAAAAAAAAAAAAAGUUACAAAAAGGAAAAUGAAAAGUUUUGUAGCAGAAGCAAUAAAGAAAUAUGUUUCUGGACCUGAAUUUGCCUUCUGAUUUCACAAAAAAAUCCUUUUUAUGCAGGGGAAGACAACAAAAAGUUUUCCUCUUCAAAGUCAAAUAAUAUUUUUCUGAGCAAUUUGACAAGUUGCGAAAAACCUUUUGACUAUGCUUUCAUUUUCCAUUUUAUACAGUUCUCUAUUCACCUGAAUAAAAAUGCCCCUCCCCCUGUAUAUUUUACAAGCCUAGGACAUUAAUCCUACUUAUCUACAUAUGUUGAUUGCUCGAUUGCUCAAAUUGUACUAUACUGCCAGUAGUACUUUGAAGCAUGGCAUUUUUUUUCUAUUUACACUGUUUAUGCAUUUUUUUAAGUCAUUUUUUUUACAGUUUUUCUAUGGAAGGCAAAAGCUCAGGUUUGACCUAUACAUGCUGCAUGUAAUGUGUGCAUUUUUCUGUUUUGUAAUGGAUAUCUCAAGCACCGAUUGUUGUAUGAUUGCCAAACACUUUGCAAAAGUUUAUGUGUGUAAGUAAUACUACAUUUCAUACGGAGUCAUAUUUUCUGAUCAUCUUGUUUUUUUAUAUGGGGUUUUCAAAACCUUUGUAUAAAUGUAUAAUACUUUACUUAAACUUUUAUCUGUGAAUAAAAGAUGC